AUGUUACCCGAUGAAACUAUUUUAUCUGUAUGUCAAUAUCUUCGUGAAGCUGAUGUUCUCUAUUCAUUCUAUAAUCUUAAUACUCGUCUUAAUAUUACUAUAACAGGUUAUUGUCGUUAUGUUAAUUUAAUGGCUGUCUCAUAUAAACAAUUUGAAUAUGCUGUCUCUUAUGUUCUACCUCAAAUUGGUUCUUUUGUUCGAACUUUUGUACUCAAUGGUAAUUGGGAAACAAUCAUAAAUAAAAAAUUAUCUUCUAUUCUUUUUAUUUCACGUUUGUCUUUAUUAUUUCCACAACUUGAAAUAUUAUUAGUUAAAUGGUUUACUAGUGAGAGAUUCUUGUCAUUUAUUGAUAAUAUUCAAGAUUUUUCAAAACUCAUCGAAUUGGAUAUUCGAUUUCUUAGAGGAAAUGCAAUAGAUUCACUUCUAACAAAAGUUCUUUCUGCGAAUAAUAGUCGACUUACAAUAGUAUCAAUUGAUCAAGAUUCAAUUGAUUUAGGUAUAUCGGAUGAUAUUAACAUGAUAUCUUAUCCAAAUAUUCAAGAGCUUACCAUAAAUCUAACAUUAUGUAAAUUGAUUCCAUGUCUCUUUGUACUCGUGCCGAAUGUAAGGCGUUUAUAUUUAAAUAUAGACGAAUUGUCAAAUGGUUCAAAAUCAAAACAAACAAAUAAUAGUCUACCAUGUCUUGUUCAUCUGAUCACUUUUCAAUUACGUUCAAUCAAUUUUUUUUGGACGUUCGAUGAAAUAGCUCAUCUACUCAAUUCAAUGCCUUCCUUGCAACAGCUUGCACUUGAUCUGCGUACAGAUGACAAACGUCUAGUCAAUGAACAGGAUUUUAUGGCAAUUCUACCUUCAUCGAUUGUUAAAAUUGAUUUUUUCAUUCGUUAUUACUUUUCUAAGUCAAACCGAGAUGCUGAAAUAGCAACUAAUUUCUCAUCAACUCGUAUUCCUAUCGCUUGUUUGUUAGAUGAACCACGACAUCGCUUUCUAAUUCAUACUAUUCCAUAUGAUGUACAUUCAGCUAUUUUAACGGCAACAGUAAGUAAACAAAUGCCAUCCGGUUGGAAAUAUAUGCAACGAAUCAAAGAUUUAUACAUCUAUGAUAUAACAUCUAUACUUGAGAUACUUCUCAUAUUACAGCAUUUUCGUCGACUUCGAACACUUACUAUUGAUGCAAAAGAUAAGUCACAAAUUUUAACUUUGCCAAAAGAAUCACAAUCAAUCAAUCUAGAAUUACCUUUUCUCAAACAGAUUGAAACAUCUGGAAUAUUUGAAUUAUUUCCUUUGCUCAAUGCUGCACCAAAUGUUGACUAUUUGAUCGUUUAUUUUGAUUGUCUUAACACAUUAUUCGACGAUGAAUCUACAUGUCGCCUAUUACAAACUCGAAUUAUUCGUCUUAAUAUUAUGGAUUGGAUCGAUGUCAAGUCUGAUCUAUUACAACGUAUAUCAAAAAUAUUUAGCUCUCUUCGUCAUCUUGUCAUAACUUUAAAAGAUUCAACAGUUGUUAUUGAUGAGUUUGUAUUGAAAAUUAUUUCUCUUUGGAAAGAAAAAACACGUCUUUCAGUCGAUGUUACAGGUUCAUUGCCAGAAGAAAUACGAAAAAAUCUUCGACAAUGGAUUAUUGAUCAUUCUCAUAUAAAGACAGAAGACUCGUUUACAGUUGAAUACAAUGAAAAUUGGUUUGAUCUAUGGUUUUAA